GGUGUUGACAAGCAGGUCACAUCAGGCUGACGUAGCGAGAAAGCGGCGACAGUCUCAGUGUCAUGUCAGUGCCAAAAUUCAAGGUUGUUCUUGUUGGAGACCAGUCCGUUGGCAAGACAGCGCUUGUUUUGCGUUAUCUCAAGAACACAUUUGAUGAGAAGGUCGAGACGACCAUUGGCAUGGAUUUUCAGACAAAGACUGUGCAGCUGCUGAAUGGAAGUCCAAUAAGGCUGCAGCUCUGGGAUACGGCUGGUCAGGAGCGCUUCCGCAGCCUGGUGAGUGGCUACAUCCGGGAUGCUGCUGCAGCCAUUGUUUGUUACGACAUCACCAGUCGUCAAUCCUUCGAGAGCACCACGCAGUGGAUUGAGGAAGUGCGGCAGUCGUGAGGGGAAGAAGUCCUUGUGUACCUGGUUGGGACCAAAGCCGACCUAGACGAUCGUAAAGUCUCUCGCGUGGAAGGUGAGGCCAAGGCUAUGGAGGUGAAAGGUCAGUUUGCUGAAACCAGUUCGCGGACUGGAGAGAAUGUACAAGAACUCUUCAAGCAACUGGGCGAGGCAUUGGCGCAGCGCAGGGGCACAGGUCCUGCCCGUGCCAAGGCCGAGGAAGGUUUGCAGCUCGGCGCGGUCGCAGAAGAGCGGAAGAAGGGCUGCCAGUGCUAGCGCUCCAAGUCGAGCAACGUUCCUACAGGUCCCCACAGAUUUUGCUUGGAGAUGUGUGGGGGAGAAUGCCAUGGCGAAAGCCACGGGCACAAGGCCCGUGGCAUUUAGCAUCAAGUUUGACCACGUUGCACUUGCCACCGGCUUGGUGCUCCUAACCAAGCUAUGAAUCUCAAUGAUAGGUCGAAAGGCACCACAAACAUUUUUUUGUGCUCGCACUGCUCGGUAAUGGUAUUCAAC